UGCAACAGAUAGGCGUACCUUUGACUAAACAACACGAUGCGAGAAAAUGUUAUGCCAAGCAAUAUUGUAACAACUAGCAUACAAAGUAAAAAGUAUUAGCCACACUGUUCAUCGUAAUUUGAAAUCUGCCACAGCGCUAAGUCUUCAAAGUAACUGGAUAAAAGCAGGUUAGCUAACAGAGCCGCUAGCUAGCUAGCAACAAAAAUCAACGUUAAACGACUAAUUCUGAGGCAUAUUCAGUAAUCAUCUCACGGGUUACUAAACAAGAAAUUUCAACGCAAUCUACAGCGCAACGUCUACAUCGACGGUGGUGUUUGUAACGAAGUCAUAGAGUUGGAGAGUUAUGGGUCCGCGAAAAAGGGGAGGAAAGAAGAGAACAGUAGAUUUGCCCGAAGUGGAACACUCAAGUGGAGCAGGUGAACCAUCAGAAGAGAGCAGUGCAGAAGUGGUAAAGGGUAAAAGGUGCAAAACCAAAGGGGGAAAAAAGUACAUUGGCGCUCAUGUCUCUAUAGCAGGAGGCAUAUGGAAGGCAGUUGAGGCAAGUGUGGACAUAGGGGGUCGCAGUUUUGGCUUAUUUCUUGGUUCUCAACGGUCCUGGAAAAGACCUGCCCUCGAUAAGGAUGCUGCUGUCAGAUUCCAAGAGGCCUGUGUUCAACAUGGCUUUGACCCGACACACAUUCUGCCACAUGGAUCUUACUUGAUGAACUGUGGCUCUCCCAAGGAAGAUGUGUUUGGUAAAAGCCAGGCUAUGCUGGUUGAUGAACUGAGUCGCUGCAACACUUUGGGCCUCACUCAGUUUAACCUCCACCCAGGCGCCUCCAUGGGCUCCAGCACAGAGCAGUGCAUGGACAGGAUUGCCCAAGCUAUAAACCACGCUCACCAGCAAAUACCCACUGUUAUUACUGUACUUGAAAACAUGAGUGGACAGGGAAGCACUGUGGGUGGACAGUUUAUUGAACUGAAGGGUAUAAUUGACCGUGUUCGUGACAAAACACGUGUGGGAGUGUGUCUGGACACAUGCCAUGCAUUUGCAGCAGGUUAUGACAUUUCCUCAGCAGGAGGUGUGAAGUCUAUGCUUGAAGAAUUUGACUUGGUAGUUGGACUGCAUUAUCUGAGAGCUGUACAUCUUAAUGACUCAAAAGGUAAAUUGGGCUGUCACCUGGACCGUCAUGAGGACAUAGGGCGUGGACAGAUCGGGAUCUCAGCUUUCCGAGACAUUAUGAAUGAGCCUCGAUUAGACAACAUCCCUCUCAUUCUUGAGACACCUGGCUGCGCAGGUUUUGAGUAUGCUGAGCAAAUACAAUUGCUCUAUUCCCUUUGUGAAGACUAGUAAGAAUGCAGGGAUCCUCACAAGAGAAAUAUGGAUAUUGUAUAAAGGGCCUAUCACCUUAUUUUCUUUUAUUGUCCUCACACUCUUUUUUUUUUUAAUGUGAAAAAUAUAAUAAACACAA